AUGGCCACAAAACCAAAGGUCCCACUACCAUUGGGAGAGGUAGCCAAAGCUCACAAGCUCAGCAACAGUGUCUAUGAAGUAGACUUAGUGCCGUCGUACUGUGUCGGGACAGUGCCCAAUGGAGGCUUCGUGGCAACCCUUUUCUCAGUUGUUGCCAGCCAACACCUGGCAUCUCGGAAUCAACCACAUACACUGGCAGCUCAUUGGUCAUUCCUCAAUCGAACAGCGGCCGGGAAAGCCUAUAUUCGAGUGAUCGAGUCAAAGCUUGGACGUGCAUCAUCGGUCCUCCAUCUCAGCCUUCAUCAGGAUGGUCUGACUCCUCAAGAGCCUUUCAUCGCACCUGAGUCCCAGCCCAAGGUCGUUGCAUACAUCACCAACACCAACCUUGCACAUGAGUCCGGUGUGACGCUACCGACCGGAUGGUCACUCGGCCACCCGCCGCCCAAGGUAGAUUUGGAGAAGCUGGUUUCUGGCACAGACCCCAAUUGGGAGCGUUUGAUCCACCCACUGACGAAGGCGGUGCCCAUGCUUAACAACUUGGAAUACUACCAUCAGCGUUCGGGCCAUGUCCUCCCUACAACGCAUGACUACUGGAUCCGAUUGCCUUGCGAUGAGAAUUUUACACUGGCAUCACUGGGAUACGUUGCGGAUGUGGGACCACCGCUUUUGAUUGAAUCAUUUCGCCCAGCUUCGGUGGAUGCGCCUAUACCUCCUGGCGGUUUUGCUUUUAAGAAAGCGUUUUGGUAUCCUACACUCACGAUGACCUUGGACGUGCGGAGGACGAUGCCACCCGAGGGACUGCCAUGGCUUAGAUUGCGAGUGGUGGCGAAGGAGGUCCUAAAUGGCAGGUAUGAUGCUGAAGUGCUUAUAUUUGAUGAAGCUGGGAGGCUGUUAGCACUCAGCAAUCAUGUAGCCAUGGCCUUAGAUAUAUCCAGGAAUUAUGCCGAAAGGCGACCCAAAGAGAGGAUGUAG